AUGUUUAUCAAAAGUGUAGUGUUCUUAGCCUUUGUGGCACUUGCUAGAACCCACGACAUAGCAGUCGGAUUUAACACUGAUGGAAGGAAGAUCUUUGACGAAACGAAACAAGCCAACCCAGCGAUUUGGCGACAAGCAAGUAAUGACACAGUGAAUGCACAAGAAGGCGAAGUAAUAAGCAGAGUUGUCGUCAAAGAUCAAAGACCAGAAAAGGAUGGAGAUGCAAAAAUCGUCGAAGGCGGUGAAGGGCACAAAAAUGUUACAAUAGAACUUAAAAGUCCAACUGCACUGCGAGGCUACGAUUUCAAAAUUGAAGUUUAUGCAGCUCCCGAUGUUCAUAAAGACCUUCCUGAAGAUAUGAAUGUUAAUAUGGAUGUAAAGCACCCGAAAGAUAUUGGUCUCGAUAUGAAGUUUACAACUGAAUCAAAUACUGAUAGCACGACGGAAGUUUCAAACGGGCCCACGCUUGCAUCAAAAGACGAUUUUACUAGAUCCGCUCGUAACGCAAUGAAUGAAGGUACAAACAAAAAUAUGGACAAUACUGUGACUGUUCAUGAACAAUCGACAAUCGAUCCAGAUUGCACAACCGACAUACCUAUUGAAAAAGAGCUGAAAGAAGAAAACAUGAAAACGGCAAAAGACGCCCAGGAUCACGAGAUCGUUGAUUUUGUUCUUGAUAUGAAUGAUUCAGCAAAGGAAGCUUUAGUAAGUGCAAGUUUGACGGAAGAUGAUAUGGGAAAAUUGAACAAUAGAACUACAGAGGAUAUGUCAACAACAGAAAGUUCUGAUAUUGAAAGCACAACUUUGGAUCAAGAACUUACAACAAUGGCUGAGAAUAAAUAUGACAAAUUAGAGCCGAUGGAUCAAGACAUGGAUUACUCAAAGAUUGGUGAACAAGAUCAAAACUCCUUCAAGGUGCCAUUUGUUGUAACGAGAAACGAAGAGAAUAAGAAAUUGGAAAAGGAUGUGAAAUUUGAUAGUUCGCCUUUGUAA